CGGGCGGAGCGCGCCUGGCGUCUCCCCGGGGCCCCGGCUGGGCGGAGCCGGCGGUCGGGCAGGCGCUGGCCUGGCAGUGAUGGCGGACGAUGGGGAUGGGAAGCUAAGGACUGAGGGGAGCGGCGGCCUCGGGGACGGGGGCGUGGGGGUGGCGCCGGCCGGCGCGGCGGCGGCGGCGGUGGCGGGCGGCGAGAUGCUGCUGAACGUGGGGCUGCUGGCGCUGGUGCUGCUGGCGGUCUACCGGCUCUACCUGCGCUGGGGCAGGCGGAGCGGGCCAGGGGGCGCGGCCCAGCAGAGCCAGGCCGCCGCUCUGCCGCGGAUGAAGCGGCGGGAUUUCUCCCUGGAGCAGCUGCGCGAGUUCGACGGGGCCCGCAACCCCCGCAUCCUGCUGGCCGUCAACGGCAAAGUCUUCGACGUGACCAAAGGCAGCAAGUUCUACGGGCCCGAGGGUCCAUAUGGAAUAUUUGCUGGCAGAGAUGCCUCCAGGGGACUAGCAACUUUCUGUCUAGAUAAAGAUGCACUCAGAGAUGAAUAUGAUGACCUAUCGGACUUAAAUGCUGUACAGAUGGAAAGUGUUAGAGAGUGGGAAAUGCAAUUUAAAGAAAAAUACGACUACGUAGGUAGACUCCUAAAACCAGGGGAAGAACCAUCAGAAUAUACAGAUGAGGAAGAUACCAAGGAUCACACUAAACAGGAAUGAACUUUGUAAACAACCAAAGUCAGGGGCCUUCGGAACUGCAACCUCUUAUUCCCCAUCACAGAAUGUCCUGCAUCUUUGGGUACAGUUCAUCUGCUGCGAAAAACAUUCAACAGGUUUUGUACAAGGAAAAUAACAUACUCACAAAUGAAGAUUUGAAUACUAGACAUUAUUUGUGCUGCCAAAGUUUUUUGUUGCAGUUGAUUUGUAAUGUCUGGUAAGGCUUCAUUAAAGAAGAGGGGCCAGGGUUUAAAGGCAAAAACGCUAUUCCUUUUUAUCAGUAAGCUGAAGCCUUCAAAUAGUAUAUAUUACAAGCUCUCUAAAGACAUGAGUCUUGAAGCUCAGUGAAAGAUUUGAAUCUUGUUUCAUGUGUGUCUUCUCCUUCAGCAUUAAAGAAAGAUGUACUCACGUACAUCAGUAUCAGUAGGUUAGACUACUGAAACUGGUGUUAAAAUGUGAGUUUCCAAUUUUGUUUUGUAUGUGGGCGUUAGUAGCCCUGGCAGAAUACUUCAGUUCUCCUAGAGAAGUCCAUGUAGAUUAGGAUGGGGUUAAAAUUCAUCCUUUUCUCAAAAGGAUUGGGUAAAACUAUUAUUUCCUCUGCAACAAUUAUUAUCUGAAGCCUGCCUCCUCCUCCCUGCCCUUUCCUGUUCUCUAAAUCAAAUCAAAUAUUAAUUGUGCCUUAUUUCACUUACAUACACUUGAAUUGUUUUAAGGGAAAGCCCCCAAAAUGUGGCUUCAUAGUCACUACAAGCAGCAUUGAGACUGAAGUUAGAAUGUUCUGUUGACUGGAAAACCUUGAUAUCAUUCUGUGUAUAGAAUGUAAAAGAGGAAUACUCAGUGUUACUGCCAUAUGUUAAUACUACAUAUACUUAAAUUAGCAUUGUGAUGGCCAAACGCAUACUCCCAUGCUUCUUUUUAAGUAAUUAAAAAAAAUAAAUAAAAGUCACCCUUCCUCCUCUUCCAGAAGCUGCCUAACUUUUGGGAGCAUAGCCUUCACACCCCUGUAGAGUGAAGGGGUGUGCGCGCGUGUGUAUGUGUGCGUGUCUGUCUGAAUGCAAGACUUCGGAGGGAUUAUUUCUGCAGAUAUUGUAAAUAUGAGUACCAUUUUAAUAAAGCAUGUACAAUACCAAA